AUGUGGAGAACACUGUCAAGCGCACUGCGUUCAGAGAGAAAAAUAUGUAUUACUGUUGCUUCAAGUGGCAUAGCUUCAUUAUUAUUGCCAGGCGGAAGAACUGCCCAUUCAAAGUUCAAAAUUCCAGUGUCGACCCUUGACAACUCUACGUGCAAUAUCGACAAGAAUACCGAGCAUGCACAGUUACUUCAAGCAACUGAUGUGAUCAUAUGGGAUGAAGCACCCAUGGCACAUAAAAAUUGCUUUGAAGCAUUAGACAAAACUCUUAAAGACCUCAUGAAUCAGAAUGGGCUAUCGGGUAGAAUAUUUGGAGGGAAAGUUGUUGUAUUCGGCGGAGAUUUUUGGCAGAUUCUUCCCGUUGUUCCAAGAGCUUCCCGUUCCGAUAUUGUGCAUGCAUCAAUAUUCUCAUCUUAUGUGUGGGAUCACUGCAAGGUCCUCACUCUAACAAGAAAUAUGAGGCUUAGGAAUGAUAGAGGCAAUAAGAACAAUAAUGAUAUAGCAGAGUUCUCGAAAUGGAUACUGGAUGUCAGCGAUGGUAGGCUAUCCGAACCAAAUGAUGGAUUGGCCAAUAUAGAGAUCCCUCAGGAAUUAUUAAUUACGGAUUUUGAAGAUCCCAUACAAGCCAUCGUUGAAAGCACGUACCCGGAUUUGUUGCAAAAUUAUACCCGUCUUGAUUAUUUGCAAGGCAAAGCAAUUCUUGCAUCAACAAUUGAAGUUGUUGACAGAAUAAACCAUUAUAUUUUGGACCUAAUACCAGGGGAAGAAAAGGAAUAUCUCAGUUCCGACGAGAUAGAUAAGACCGAUGCGACAUACACUGAAGCUUACGAAGUUCUAACACCCGAAUUCUUGAGUAAUCUAAGAACAUCCGGUCUACCGAAUCACAUUCUCAAAUUGAAGGUUGGUACACCAAUUAUGUUGAUGAGAAAUUUAGACCAAUCUCAAGGAUUAUGCAAUGGCACAAGACUUAUUGUUACAAGAUUGGCCAAUCACGUCAUUGAGGCAAGAAUUAUUUCUGGCAAAAAUAUAGGUAACCUCUUUUACAUUCCUCGAAUGUCUAUGUCCCCUUCAGAGUCUCCUUGGCCAUUUAAGUUGAUUAGGCGACAAUUUCCAAUAAUUGUCUCUUAUGCUAUGACAAUUAAUAAAUCCCAAGGUCAAUCUCUUGAUACCGUCCGACUGUAUUUGCCUACUCUCGUCUUUAGUCAUGGUCAAUUAUAUGUUGCCAUAUCUAGAGUUACCAACAAAAACGGUUUAAAGAUACUGAUUCAUGACAACGAUAAUGUUCCGUUGUCGACAACUACAAAUGUCGUGUACAAGGAAGUUUUUCAAUCACUUUGUUAA